AUCCAUUUUCUUGGGUGUCAAAAAUCAAAAUCUCUCGACAGAAAACACCUUGAGCCAAACCCCGGAGAAACCCUAGCAAAGCCGGUUCCUCGUCUCAGGCGCGGCGCAGCAUCCGCGACGAACGAUGGCCGGCUACCGCAGCCGGAGUCCGAGCUGGAGCUACAGCCCGCGGAGGCGGUACAGCCGGAGCCCUCCUAGGCGCAAGCACUACGACGACCCCCGCGACCGCUACCGUGGGGGCGGGGGCGGCGGAGGCGGACCCCGGCGUUUCUACGGUCGGCCGUCGGCGCAGUCCGGUCUCCUCAUCCGCAACAUCUCCCUCACAGUCAGGCCAGAAGAUAUCCGUGUUCCAUUUGAGCAAUUCGGCCCUGUAAAGGAUGUCUACCUUCCAAGGAACUUCCACACCAGGGAACUUCGUGGUUUUGGAUUCGUGAAAUUCCGCUACCCUGAGGAUGCUGCAGUGGCCAAGCAAGAGAUGAAUCAUCAAGUUAUUGGUGGUCAAGAGAUUUCAAUAGUUUAUGCUGAAGAGAAUAGAAAAACACCGCAAGAAAUGCGCAUGAGAACAAGAAUAAGUGGUAGGUACAUGGAUGGAAGGUUCACAAGACGAUCACUAUCAAGAUCUCCAAGGUCUCGUUCCCACUCUCAUUCACCCUCACCGUCUCCACUUAGGCAUCACUUCAGGGGCAGGGACCACCGUGAUAAUUACUCACCUGGGGGAUCAUGCUCUCCACGUCCUCGGGCCAACAGGCACCGCAGGUCACAUAGUCGAUCUCCAAGCCCAGAUGGGGGCAAACCUCGUGUGUCACCAGUCACUGACAGACAUGGUCCAGCUGUUGUAUCCAGCCCCAGAUAAAUUUGAUGCUGUUUGGGAUGCGUUGGAAUGGAGGUGGGAGGAUGGAAACUGCAGACAAUCCCUUAUUUUGAACAAUCUUCCCUAGAAGAGUUCAGUAGGCUUUUAGUAAAACAUGCUUGUAUGACAGGUGAUGCUGUCGGUUUUGACACACGCUAUCUUUUUUGUGUCACGGCUUUUGCCGUUUUGCGCAUUUCAAACUGAUGGUACUGUUAUGGAAUUUUCUGUAUUCUUUUUGCUUGAAUGAUAUCGUCUAUUUGGCUAUUUGCCAAGGACAUUUUCACCCCGUCUUAAUGGAUUGCCCUACUGCAAAUUUAGGUAUU